GUCCCAUAAGCAGCAUUUUGGUGAAUAAGUAUGGCAGUCGGCCAGUGAUGAUAGCAGGAGGUAUUCUGUGUUCAUUUGGAAUGAUUGCUUCCUCUUUCUGCAAUAGCGUCCUGGAACUUUAUCUAUGUAUUGGUGUUGUUGGAGGUCUGGGUUUAGCAUUCAACUUACAGCCUGCCUUGACCAUGAUUGGCAAGUAUUUCUAUAAGAAGCGUCCCAUUGCUAAUGGACUGGCCAUGGCUGGAAGUCCAGUGUUUCUGAGCACGCUGGCACCUCUCAAUCAAUUUCUCUUUAAUGCGUUUGGCUGGAAAGGAAGCUUUCUCAUCCUGGGAGGACUUCUUUUGAACUGCUGUGUUGCUGGGUCACUUAUGAGACCUGUUGGACCGAAAACAGUUCCUCCUGUGAAAAAAGAUGUUGAAAAAGGCACAGGAGAUUCUACCUUGCACAAAAACAACAAGAAGUCUUUUUGGCAAACUAUGAAUAAAUAUCUAGAUCUGUCUCUCUUCAAACACAGAGGGUUUCUGAUCUAUUUGUCAGGAAAUGUCAUUAUGUUUAUUGGUUUCUUUGCUCCAAUAGUAUUCUUGGCUCCGUAUGCCAAGCACAAGGGAAUUGAUGAAUAUUCUGCUGCUUUUUUGCUAUCUAUCUUAGCCUUUGUAGACAUGUUUGCUAGGCCUUCAAUGGGACUUGUAGCAAACUCCAAGUUUAUCCGGCCAAAGAUUCAGUACUUUUUUAGUUUUGCUGUCUUAUACAAUGGUGUCUGUCAUAUCUUGUGCCCUCUGGCAACCAAUUACACUGGCUUAGUGAUAUAUGCUGUAUUUUUUGGGUUUGCAUUUGGAAUGGUUAGCAGCGUUCUUUUUGAGACAUUGAUGGACCUUGUUGGGGCUGCCAGAUUUUCCAGUGCAGUUGGACUUGUCACCAUUGUGGAAUGUUGCCCUGUGCUCAUAGGCCCUCCUCUAGGAGGUUGGUUAGUGGAUGUUACUGGUGAAUACCAGUACAUGUAUUUUGUCUGCGGAGUGAUUGUGAUUGUGGCCAGUAUUUGGUUGUUCAUUGGCAAUACCAUUAACUACAGGCUUUUGGCAAAAGAAAAGAAGUUAGAAGAUGAGAAGCAGAAAGCACAGAAGAAUGCUGACCCAAAGGAGGCAGAACCAUUAACAAACAAUGAGAAUGAAGAUGCUACCAGUAGAGCUGAUAAGGCUCUUGAAGAUCCUUCAGAACGAGAAACCAAUAUUUAAUCUGCAAUACAGUUCAGAAGGCAACAUGACUUCUAUUAGAAAUAUGUCUUCAAGACAUAAGCCAGAUUUUGUGGUAAUAAUGAUCAGUCACAAUAUUGAACGGGAACAGAUUUUUGCCUUAUGGCAAGACUCUAAGUUAAAUUACUGUCUAUAGUUUCUUUAUUUCAGUGAUACAAAAUUGAGAUUACAGAGGUGGUGACACCAUAAAACUAUGACUCUGGACAAUCAAGAGUUGAGUAAACUAUAAAGCCUUCCAAUGACAAACAGGUUUGUUUCAAAAGUACACCUAAUGCAUAUCUCCUACUCUUAUUUGAGAAGAUACU